UUGAACAUCAUUCAUUGUAAGUAUUUUUUGAGUAUUACCACUUUCGCGAAUGUUGUUUCCUUCAGACUUCUUCUUACUGAGGCUCGUAUCGUGAUUGUUCUGCUCGGUGAUAAGAAUUGGAUCGAAUUGAUGAAAGCACUCCGCACGGAAUUGGUAAUCGCUGGUCGAUUCAUUUUUCUUGCUCCACAACAACCACGUUGGACAACUUCGAAGCAAUUUAUUGAGCUAUGGCCACAAUUCGAUCAAUUACUGCUCACGGUGGCACCAGAAAAAACCGUCCACCCACAACGCUUGGUCGAGCUCACUUCGAAAAUUGCUGUGCUACCAUUUCCACAACAUUGGCUGAAACAAUUCUGGGCCACAGCUUUCCAGUGUCACAUCGACGGCGAAACUGUACCUGGACAACAAUUUUCCAAGAAAUGCUCCCACCAACAGAUGUUGAAUGUCUCUAUUAUUGCUUCCGAUCUUGACAUUGGCCCUAUUUCGAUUGCGGUAAACGCCAUUGCCCAUGCUACACGAAAAAUGGUCGACCGUGUGUGCCCAGGUGCUCUUAUUCAACGCUUGAGUGAUUGCAUAAAUGAUCCGCAGGAGUUGCUAUUCUCCUCUAUUCUCUCUCUUGACUUCCCUUAUCAACUCUCUAAUGAAGGCUCCUUUACCAAUAAUUUGUAUGUUUAUGAGUUUACUACUGCAUUUCGUGACCAUACCCUGGUGAUCAAUCGUGCGCUGUUCGAUGCUCAUCUGGAAUACGAGCCAGUCGCCGAGUGGAAUACCCUCUUCGGCUUCACAUACACUGGUGUUCCCCGGUCUUUCAGUCGAUAUCGUCUUUGCAGGUCGACUUGUUCAUCGGAACUGGCUCGCCGCUCACAGUCAGCGAUUACGUCUUCCGUUCUGCAGGUCCUUGCGCUUCUUUUAACAUGUUUCGAUUCAGAGGUGAUCCUUAUCCGGUUGGAUGUGGUUUUUUCUACCUAUUCCUUCUUUUCAGGUCUAGCAAUGCUGUGUCUGGUGUCGAUAGGAUUCUAUAUGGCACCGAACCCAAUCGCAUGUUUCACCAGAAAGGUUCUUUUCCCGGUCGCAGUAGCAGCUGUGUUCGCGCCUAUAACUGUGAAGGUGAGUUCUCUUUAA